AUGGACUGGGCGGCCUGUUCCCUGCCGCUGCACGGAGAGGACGCGCACUUCGGGGCCGGCAACUUGGCCGGCGUGGGCGGGUACAGGAAGGACGGCGUUGACGCCGGCGCCUUCGCCCGCGGGCUCAUGGCGAGAGCCUACGCGGAGGCGCUCGUGGCCACGAAGCUCCUCCCGGGGGGCACGCGUGACGGCGUCCGCCCCAAAGCGCUGCUGGAGCUGGCCUACCAGUGCACGGCGGCGUCGGGGGCCACGGGGGCGUCCACGGCCGUCAUCCUCUCGCUCGACGGCAACGGCAGGCGCCUCAGGUGGGCCAACAUCGGCGACAGCGGCUUCGCCGUCUUCCGCGGCCCAAGGAGCACGAUCGCGCACCGCUCGCGGCCGCAGCAGAGCCGCUUCAACCGCCCGUUCCGGAAGCAGCAACGCGGUGGUGGGGAGAGUUGCAGUAGUCGCGGCGGCAAGGAGGACGACAUCACCGUUUCCCUGCGUUGGUUACAAGUGUACGUGACCCAGCUGGCGGUACGAGGAGUUGUGGUCCUAGGCACAAGGUUGAAGAUGCGGCUGCCGCCAAGUGGACAGGUUUUACUAAGGGGCACAAAACCGGCAUGA